ACUGAAGUGUCUGAAGAAGCGCUUCUUAAAAGACACUAGGACUGUGCAAGAAGUUAUAUGGGAAGGGCUGAAUGGAGAAGAGCGAGUCAGUCGCCGUCCCACCCUCAGUGUCUGUCUCGGCUGUCAUUUGGCUGCUGGCGGCCCCCGGACACACAGCCAAAUGUCGGGCCGCAGGGUUGGCUUUUGUCUCAGCGACAAGAAACGCAGGCGGAUGAACCUGGGCGCUUUUGCAGACUUCUGUGCGGGCCACGGAGUGGAAGUGGUGGAGAUUGACCUCACUCAGCCCCUGGUGCCACAGGGACCCUUCAACGUCAUAGUUCAAAAGCUGUCUGAUGUCAUCGUAGAGGCUGAGCACGACAGCCAAUCGCAGCAGCUUCUUAUUAACUUCCAGAGCUAUGUGUCGGCUCAUCCCAGUACAGUUCUUCUGGACCCCCUGCCUGCCAUGACCCAGCUACUAGACCGCUUCGCCUCUUAUCGGAUCAUGAGCAAGCUGCACAAGUUACUCCGAGAGUGCUGCAUCUGCACUCCUCCUUACCUAGAGAUCCACAGUGCCAGUGACCUGUCAUCCAUUCAACAGGCUGUGGCGACCCAGGGCCUAAGCUUUCCUCUCAUUUGUAAAACCAGAGUGGCACAUGGCUCACUUUCCCAUGAGAUGUCUCUGAUCUUCAGUGCAGGGAGUCUGGCUGAUAUCCAUCCUCCCUGUGUGCUCCAGAGCUUCGUCAACCAUGGAGCUGUUCUGCACAAGGUGUUUGUGGUAGGAGACAGACACUUCUGUGUAGAGAGGCCUUCAAUCAAGAACUUUCCCUCCGGUCCCUGUGAAAGGAAGACCAUCUUCUUCAACAGCCAUCAGGUGUCCAAGCCAGAGUCAAGCUCAGAUCUCACAGCACUGGAGGAGCAAAUGCCGUGCCUGCCUCCUCCCAACUCUGAGGCCUUGGCCGCCCUAGUCAGAGAGCUCAGAGUUCAGCUUGGCAUGGCCCUGUUCGGCGUGGACGUCAUCAUCAACAUACACACACACACCCUCACAGUCAUCGACAUCAACAUCUUCCCAGGCUACGAGGGAGUGCCCCAGUUUUUCUCAUCCCUGCUCAGCCACAUCAAGUCAGUGUUGGACAAACAGGCCUCUGCUGCCCCGCAGGCGACAGGCUGUCCUGAAUUGAGACAGACUGCAGGAAGUCCAUCUGCUGCAACAACUGGCCUUCAAAAGUCACCUUAAGAGAACAUCACGAAUUGUUGUUUGAUCAGCUUCCCGGGACAAAUUAAGUCAUUGGCUUUUUCAUUUUUUUGUUGUGACCAAACUCAGUUUGGAAACACUUUGUUUCUAUCAUAAUACGUUAUUUAUAUGUAAUCUGUGACAUGACUUGAUCUUAAACUGUAUUCCCUUUAAAUCAGAAAAAUCAUUUUGGGUUGUUUAAAUAAUUCUGCUCUAUUUACCAAUCGACAAGCCAAACAGACGACACAUAAUGGUUUAAUACACUUUCUGUUUAUUGAUUGACAGGUAGCAUAGAAGAAGUUACAGCAGGCACAAAAUACAGCACUCUGAUUGGCCAGUAAUAUUACAAAUGAAGUUUCCUAAUGUUUGAAAUGUCAUCUAUGCCCUUAUGUCCCCCCCCCCCCCCCCCCACAGACAUUUCCUACAUCUUUCUUGCUGGUUUGUAAGAUACAGUUUGUGGAAACAAUUUUGCACUAAAAAA